AUGGUUACCGAAUUACCAUAUGCCCUCGACGCUGAGACGCCGUUGAACCCCUCGGAGCUCGGCGUCCUACGAGCCCAAUAUGAACGAGAAGGAGAAAUGGUUGGCAUCCAAACCAAGUUCAACUACGCCUGGGGCCUCGUCAAGUCCAACGUCCGCACCGACCAGCAACUCGGCGUCCGUCUCCUCUCGGACAUCUUCCGCAUCUCCCCCGAGCGCCGCCGCGAGUGCCUCUACUACCUCGCCCUCGGCAACUACAAGCUCGGCAACUACGGCGAGGCACGCCGCUACAACGACCUCCUCCUCGACAAGGAGCCCGCCAACCUCCAGGCCACCAACCUGCGCCAGCUCAUCGACGACAAGGUUGCCCGCGAAGGCCUCAUGGGCGUCGCCAUCCUCAGUGGUGUUGGAGUCGCCGCCGGUGUCGUGGGAGCAUUCCUGCUGAGGAAUGCCCGGAAGAGGUAG